GAGCGGCAGUUUCACAUCGAAUAAGAGUGAGUGUUAGCUUUAGUCCCACCCACCCUGCCCAUACAUCUGCCAUACAUCAAGUCAUUCUUCCGAUGUGAGGUUCCUAUUUGUGAGACAUUUAGCUCCUUCUCCACAUCAACAUGAGUGAUCCUUGGCAGGAGUGUAUGGACCACUCUGUAGAGGUCACCAAAAAGGCUGGCAAGAUUAUCUACGAAGCGCUCCAGAAGCACAUUGCCAUCAUGCAGAAAAGCGCACCGGAUGACCUAGUGACCGAGACAGACCAGAAAGUGGAACAGCUUAUUAUAUCCUCCAUCAGGGAAAAGUACCCAACACACAGUUUCAUAGGUGAGGAGUCAGUAGCAGCAGGUGCACCAAGUGUUCUUACAGACAACCCCACCUGGAUCAUUGACCCCAUCGAUGGCACUACCAACUUUGUUCACAGGUUCCCAUUUGUAUCUGUAUCAAUUGGCUUUACUGUGAACAAAGAGAUAGAGUUUGGGGUUGUCUACAGCUGCAUUGAGGACAAAAUGUAUACAGCACGGAAAGGGAAGGGAGCAUUCUGCAAUGGAGUCCCUAUCAAAGUGUCAGGGCUGGAAGAUAUUAGCCAGUCUCUGGUACUGACAGAAAUGGGAUUCAAAAAGGAUCCUGAGCAGUUAAAAACAAUGCUGGCCAACAUCAAGUCCAUCCUCACCAUCCCUGUACAUGGAAUCCGCUGCCCAGGCAGUGCAGCUGUCAACUUGUGUCUGGUAGCGUGCGGCUCGGCCGACGCUUACUACCACAUGGGCAUUCACUGCUGGGACAUGGCCGGAGGAGCAGCGGUUGUUACUGAAGCUGGAGGAGUUGUCAUGGACAUUUCAGGCGGACCAUUUGAUCUGAUGUCUCGGAGGCUGAUCGUGGCCAGCAGCAGAGCGAUUGCAGAACGCAUUGCUAAGGAGUUAACGGAGUUUAACGUUGGCCGGGACGACUCUUAACAUUCCAUCAACUUCUCAGUUCACUUAACAGUUGUUUCACACACUCAGCAGUUUAGUAUUGAACAGGUCAGGACUGCAUCUUUGCAAAACUAAAGUGAUACCUCUGAAGACCAGUUGAGUGGGUUUGCUAAAUAUUCAGUGCAUAAACUUCCAUCUUUUAUUCUGCUUUCUCUUGGCAACUAAUGUGGACAACAAUGCUGUAUGAUGGAAGAUGUGGUGAAGGUAUUGUGUUGUUUUUAAUCACUUAGUCAUUGUUUAUUUAUGACUGAUAGCCUAAACAAGAUCACAUCUCACUGAUUAAAAUACCUGAAUACAGCACAAUUGGACGUAUUUUUAGAAUAAAGUUGAGGUUUUGGCAGUUGUAUUGCUUUUUCAUGUUGGGUUUUGGUGCUUGAUUCAUAGUUAAUUGUGUUGAGUUAAAGAUAGGUAUGUUUACACUGUAAAUCUACUCUUGAAUUCCACUAGUUUGCUCUAUAAUAGUACAAGAACAGUGUAUAUGGAAGUACUGCUCUUUUUAACUAUCAUAUCCAGAGUGAAAUGCACUCAAGGUGUUUUUAAAAAUGUAUGCAGCAUGUUUUAGUGUUAAGCGUGUUUUGAAAGGAUAUAAUAAAACUGCUAUAAAAAA